AUGGAGUAUGAUAAUGAUUAUAAACUAAGAUGCAUAAAGAGGAUAUUCUUACGAAACUUAUACUUGGAACUGGAGUCCAAACAAGAAAUAAAUGGUAAACAUACAGAUGUAACGAGAAUCUCACCUAGAAAGGAAGAAGUGAUAGGAAGACGCAGGAGCUUAUUUCAAUCAAUUACACAGUUUGAUGAAAUAACGAAUAUUGGGUUGCUACAUAUAAAUACAUUGAAAUUAGUGGAUUCAUUCUUCACGUUACAUGUGCCCUAUAUGAAUGAAGACUUAUUAGUUUAUGUCAGUGAAGAUAUUGGAUCUAAUAUGAAUCCUAAUUUCAGACAAAUAACUUUGCCAACAUUACCUAAUUGCAAUUCGCCAAAUUUGAUACUUAAGAUAUGGUGUAAAACAAGCCAAAGUAGCCAAUGGAAAUUGUUCUACAAAUAUGAUAUUGACUUGAGUAACUUAUGGUAUAUUGGGGAUUCAUUGAUAGACACAGAGAAUUAUUUCCACAGUAAUUCGGUGAUAUUUAAUUUAAACGACCGUUAUUAUACAAUACCUGGAUCUUUAAUUGUUGACCGAGAGAAAAUGAUAGACAGUACUUCUAGUGCCGAUUCGAAACAUAUUUUACCGUCAUAUUCAUUUGAUUCAAUUCGAUCAUUAAACAGUAUAUCCAGAUCAUUGAAGGAGCUUAUGAAAUCAAAGAAUAAAAUAUCCAUGCAAAUAAAUGAAUCUGUAAAUAAAUCAAAAGAAUCUUUGAAGAGUUUAUCUAAUUCAGAUAAUAUAAAUAUCGAACAAGAAAUGUUGUCAACUGAAAAUGCAAGAUUGGAUAAAUACAUAGAAAGACAAGAAAGCAUAAACGACAAAAUAAUGUCUGAUAUAAUAGCAAAGAGAAUUCAAAUCAGUCACAUAAAACAGGCGAUUAAUGGAACUAUACCGUCUAAGAUUGAAAUGGCCACAAAUCAUAUAGAAGUUGUAGAAUCACAAAUUGCACCAAUUCGUGAAUCGUUAAGCAAACAGAUUUACCCAACCAUUGUUCAAAACUUACAAGAUGCAACCCAUAUUCUAAAGGAGAUUAUAUUUAUUGAGAAUUUCGACAACAGUAUUAAGUUCACAAUUAUGGGAUUAGAGUUCCCUCUGAGCAUCAAAGAUUUACUAGAUAUUUGUUACUACAAUAAGUAUGAUUUGCAUAAUUACAACACCGGCGAACUUAAGUUCGCAAAUGAGAUAGAAUCUCAUCAAGUGAAAGUCAAUCAAAUCAAUGCUGGAUUAAAUUAUAUUGUCCAGCUAAUUAAUAAUAUCGCGCUAAUAGCCAAUACUAAUUUAAAAUACAAGAUGUAUUCCUAUGGGAAUUUCUGUUAUGUAUUGGAUCCCAUAGGGAGCGAGUCCAACCAAAAUCUUUUAAAGUAUCCAUUAUACUAUGAUCAAGGACACACAUUGAAAUUACCAAUUGAUCGGCAGCAAUGCGACAGAAAACUAAACUUGCAAAACAAAGGCUUUGAAGUAGGCCUCGAAUUAUUGAACAAGAAUUUGAUAAGCCUUAUUAACGACGUGGCUAAUGAUUAUGACAAAUACUGCAAAACAAUUAAAAAGUCACUGGUUUCUGAUAAUAUUCCUGUCGACUGUUUAGAUAAUUUCUUAUGGAAUCUACAGUACCUCGUGUUGUUUAUCACCGCUCCAACUAAUGUCAAGUCAGUAUAA